CUGAUCUGACCAUCGACCUCUCUCUCUCUCUCUGCCUUGCCUGCGCUGCAACUACUCACGCACGACAGCUUCGACUUCUCGCCCGCCCGAGUCGACUGCACGCGGGCUCGUCGCCGCCGUCGUGGAUUGACCCAGCAUCUGGACACCGGCUCACCGUGAGCCGGCGCCAGCCAGUCAAUGUCGCGUCGCACUCCCCCGCCCGCAUCCACCAUCGACGACCUGCUCCACCCGUCCCCCGACGCCGGGCCAUCGCGGCGCACAGCGUGGCCGGCGCGACAACGGCUGCUAUCAUCGGCCUCGUCGGCCUCGACACCGCCGCGCGCCCGCACGCCGGCCAUGCUCCCGCCUUCCCCGCCGCGCUUAUCGCGCGCCAACUCGGCCAACGGCGGCGGCACACGCGACCAGUGGCACGUCACGAACGGCACGGGGCCGUUGACCUCUAUAGAGGGGACGACGGCGCCGGGGAAGGUCGCGGGCGUCGACGGCGAGCCGUCAUUGACAUUACGUGGCGCCGCCGGCGCAGACGACCCCUCGUCACGCCCGCCGGCGCUCCCGACCAGCAGAUCUUGGGGCGGCGGGCUCGUGUCGACCGCUGUCAACGCGGCGGUCUUUGGCGCAGCGGUCGGAUUGACCGCCUACAGGAUUUGGUCUGACUGGGGUCGACCAGACGACAGUGGUGGCCCGCCACCAGAAUCGCCGACCGUGUCGAGCCACGAUCUGCCGCCCGCGUACGAGUCGCUCGCGGAUAGCAGCGUAAGGUCACACCCCCACUCGUAUGGCGGUCACCGUGACUCGUCGAGCCGCUCGAGCAUGUCACCCACAACGCGAAGCACGGCGUCGACCCCUGUGAAACGCUACAGACCAGCGCGGAUGCGGCGUAAACGCCCCCAACGCCCAUCGAUCGCGGAUCUGGUGGCUGUCGCAUCGACCUCUGCGUCGCCGCUGCGACCUGAGCGAGUGUCGGCGUCCUCGGCGUCGGUUUCAGUGGCCUCUGGCACGACGGCACCAACAGCACCGGACAGCUUGAGCGUCACGCGUGAGACACCCGACCUAUCUGUGCGGUCCGAUGCCGACGAGGACGAGGAGGACGAGGAAAUGAACGCGAGGCUCGACGUCAUGGCGCAGAGACUCCAGGGGCUUAUUACCGAGGGGCGGAGAGCGCUCGACUCGACGCCCAUUAUCGAGGAGACGUCGCCGUCGCCCGAUGGCAUUCGCGGCUUCAAGGGGUUGGAGGUUGAGCAGGGUGGGGAAGAGCCAGAUGUGGUCGAGGGUAACGAAGAUGCUUCCCAAGCUCCGGAUACGGACACGGGAAGCGAGGCAGUCGAGAUUCUGAGAGACGGCUCAUCGACUCUGCCGGCACCAUCUGGCAUGUCCGGCGCCAGCAGAUCAUCAUCGAGCGCAAGCCUAGCCCGCAGCAGCACCUCGGGGUCACUGGCACGCCGCAGCCAGCGCUCCGUGUCGCAGGGCUCGACGCCAAACUCUUCUGUUAGAGGUAUCGCUACCGUCUGCCCUGUGCCGCCACUGCCAUGGAGCAAGGUGCACAAGGGUCCAGCGCCGUCGUGGGUGCAGAGACCGUUCAACGCCAAGGACAGCCCGGCGCCGUCGCCCGAGCGCCCCGGCGACCCUUCCAAGCCGGGUGCCGUCAGCCUCGAGCCGAGCAAGCCCGGCGCCGUGGCCGUUGCGCCACCCGACCGCAACGGCACAGUUACGCCACCACCGCAGCCUCAGCCACCGCGCCCCGAGUCGGUGACCUCGCCGACGUCGCGCGCGAGCCGGAUUCCCCGCCCAGGCGGAGGCCACAGCCGCACGUCGUCCACCAGCACUGGAGUCAGCACGCGGCCGGAGGCCGCAAGCCCGGUACCGAGCGUGCGUCGGCAGUCUUCUCGCCAGUCGACCCGUCCACAGUCGACGACGACGACGCUGCCGCAGUCCCCGAAAUCUGCUCCUGCCCCGCCGCAGCGCAAGAUGCACCGCUCGUCGUCGAUCAAGGAUGCGAUAGCGAGUCUCGAGCGCUCGGCUGCGGCUGCCGCCAUCCCCGUGUCGAGCUCGCCCCAGCUGACACCGAGCCAACGGUCCAAGAUCCCGAUUCGGCGCAGUAUUGGCGGCGGUCCGCUCAGCCCCCCGCUCCCACCGCCGCCGGCCGAAGCCACCGACGCCGCCCCGCAGCCACCACUGCCCACCCCGACUGUCAAAUAG